UGUUUUCCUCCGUCGCUGCUUCGCUAUGGCGAAGGAAUAAACAAGGCGGCAGCGGCAAGAACGCACCUCUCCCCACUGAACUUCGCUCGGACCAGACCGGCGACCACUGGGAGUUAAAAGGGGAACAGAAAGAGAGAAGAGGGCUGGUCUGGAGCCUCGGGGCGGCGGAGACAGAUGCUGUCAGUGAUGAGGAGAGUUUGCUCGACAUCAGUCGGAGCCGCCGGCGUCGCGCGCUGGUCGGCGCUUCAAACGCCGUCCAACUCCCCUUAGUUCAGGUUUUCUGCUUUAGUUUUUUUCUUUUAUAUAUUCGAUUUUUUUCUUUAUUUUUGAUUGGAGUCAUUUUUCGCUGCUUUCUUUCUUUGCUGCUUAAGACGUCGUAAAAAAAAAAAACAAAAACAAAGAUGUUGACUGGAUCCAAAACCACGUUCAAAGUGAGACAAAUGCUCCCAGACAUCAAGGAGAGGAUGCUGAGUCAGAGCGGCGUGAACGCGAGGAGUCGAGAUGUGUUCGGGCUGCGCUGUCUACCGGGCGAGUGCGUCCUCCAGAGGGUUGUCAUGGUGAGGAAGAAGCUGACCGCCAGAGAGGGACGGGGCUGGCUCUCCGGGACGCUCUUCUGCACCCACUUCCGGGUGGCCUUCGUGCCUCAGGACAGCCCCAAAGUCGACGACAAUGCCGACCCGGUUCUCCUGGGAGAUCACGACGUGGCUCUGGCUUCCAUAGAGAAGGUGGUUGUUGUGGGCCCCAACAGAACCAAGCUGGUGACCCCCAACUCCUCGCUGAAGUUCACCCCCGAGGAGCUGGUGCUGUACUGCAGGGACAUGAGGGUGAUCUGCUUCCUGUUCGACCGCCUCACCCCGGACGCCCAGGUCCUCGAGAUAACGUACACCAUCGCCAAGACCUACCAGCCUCUCAGGCCCGGAUCGGUGUUAUCUUUCCAGAACGCUGCCCUCGGGAGUGUAGAAAUGAAGCAGUUCCUUAGCAACCGUCGCCGAGACGCCCAGGUGAACUGGUUCGAGUCGGCCUCAGACUGGGAGCAGGAGCUGGAGCGGUGCGGAGCCACCAGCUGGAGGGUGAGCUCCGUCAACGACCGCUUCGAGAUGUCCACCAGCCUGUCCAGGUUCAUCGUCGUCCCUCAGAAGGUUCUGGACACCGAGCUGAAGAAGAGCUUUGCUCAUUUCAACGAGGGACGCAUCCCCCGCUGGUGCUGGAGGCAUCCCAGGGGCAGCGACCUGCUGCGCAUGGCCAGCUUCCAGAACAACAUCUACCACGAGAAGGACGACAUCCGGAACCUGGAGAUGGUCCUGUUCGGCUGCCGGUCCUCCCUGUGUGUGGUGGUGGAGCUGGGAGAGGAGCUGCCGUCGCCCGCCGACGUGCAGCUGGCGCUCGGCCGUCUGAGGGCGCUGUGCCUCGGAGAUAUCUCCACUUCUGUGUCUGUUCCUGAUGACAAGUGGUUGUCUACCCUGGAAAGCACCCACUGGCUGGACUACAUCCGGGCCUGCCUGAGGAAAGCGUCGGAGGUGGCCUGCCUGCUCCGCGGGGGUCACCUGACCGUGGCUCUGCAGGAGGCGGAGGACCGGGACCUGGGCUGCCUGGUGUCCAGCCUGGUGCAGCUGAUGUGCGACCCGCUCUGCCGGACCCGCCACGGCUUCCAGAGCCUCGUCCAAAAGGAGUGGGUGGCGGCCGGCCACCGCUUCUGCAGCCGCGGCAACUAUCACCGUGACAACGACAAGGAGGAGGCCCCGGUCUUCCUGCUCUUCCUGGACUGCGUCUGGCAGCUCUGGUUCCAGUUCCCGUCCCGCUUCCAGCUGACGGACGAGUUCCUGCUGGCCGUGCACGACAGCGUCCACCUGCCGCUCUUCUCCACCUUCCUGGCCAACUGCCAGCGGGAGCGGUGCAAGCGUUCCCAGAACCUGGGACAGUCCUACACCCCCGUCAACGGCUGGAGGGACGCGCUGCACCCGGACUCCUCCUCGGACCCGGCCGACCCCCCCCUGCCCCCGGUGUGGGACUGGGCCCUGCAGUACAGCAGGGAGCGGCAGGCCCGCUUCACGCAGCCCGUCCCCCCGGCGCCGCCGCUGCAGCCGCUGCUCAACGGGAACCUCAACACGCACCCGGACUCGCACCGGAUGAACGACACCCCCCCGGGCUCGGUGUUCCUGCUCUCCCGCGGCACCUUCACCUGCCCGGCCAACCUGCCCCCCUGGCGCAGCGGCAGCUCCGGCGUUUACAAGAAGAGCCACCGGAGGGCGCUGUCGUCGGAGAGCGUCCCCGGUCUGGAGCGGCUGCUGAAGGCCUGGUCCCUGAGCGAGUUCCCCCAGAACCCGGCCCCCGGGUCGGGACCACAGGGACCCCAGGGACCCCAGGGACCCACCGACGCCUACGAGCCGCUGCUGCCCCUCCUGAUGGGGCCCUGCAUGGGCCUGUGGAGGGGCUGCUACCUGCGGGGGGCGCUCCACGCUCAGGCCUUCUCCCACCCCGUCUCCAGCCUGGCCCACCCGGUGGAGCGUCUGGCCCGGGAGGUGCAGCAGCUGCAGGCCCGGCUGGCCCAGGCCUCCUCUCCGGAGCCCAGCCCCCCCGCCGUGACGGCCGAGCCCCGCCGGCCCGACGCCAACCUCAACCAGAACACCAACAACGGCACCUUCCUGUUCCCCGCCUCCCGGGCCCCGGCCCCGCCCACGGCUCCGCCCAGGGCCGGCUCCAAGAACCACCACGCCCCCUGGGCCCCGCCCCCCGCCGCGGCGCCGGCCCCCAGGCCCGGCAACAAGGACUCCCCCGGCGGCAACAAGCACACCUUCCUGUUCGGCCACUCGUCGGCGCCGGAGGCUCGGCCCGACCCGCGCUACUACCAGCUAGCCGGCGCCGCCAAGCUGCCCAAGAGCAGCGGGCCGCCGCUGUCCUCCUGAGGCCCCGCCCCCCUGGGUGCCAGAACCAAUCAGCUGACGGCUCGGGCCGGAGGGGCGGGGCUUCCCUCGCCGGGGUCGGCCUUGACCUGACCAGAGUAACCAUGGAAACGCAUCAUCACGCCUCUCAGCGUUGGAGGCGGAGUCUAUUUUUAGCUCCGUAUCGGCGCCAGGAGAUAAACGCUCGGCCCGUGUGACCUUUGACCCCCCCGGCCCGGCGGCUCGUCCUCACACCUGGUAAUAUGCAAAAAGGAGGGCGGCUGAUGGAUUCUGGGCGCCGCCGGCCGCCGCGAGCGCCUUCUCUCUGGUGGAAUCGAGGACGCGGGAGCUAUUCUUGGUGCUGCUCCGCUCCCGCCUCCCCGUCCUACCGGGUCCACGGCUCAGUGUUCUGCUCGGCACCGCUCGCCUCCCUCCAGUAUUGUUAUUUAUUCAGAAGCGUCUCCAUCAGGGAAGGGUUUGUCCCCGCCCCUUUAAAUCCAGAUGGGUGGAGCUUGUGACGAUGUGAAAAAUGAAAAGUCUUGUUUUCCUUUCCUCUCUUUCCUCCCGGAGGCAGAACAGCCGACCCGCUCAAGUCCGGCGGUUCCAGGAACGAUCCUUGUAAAUAUUCAUCACAUAAAAACACAUUGAGGCUCCAGAUGUGACGCCAACAUGGCAGGAUGGGUGGACGGAUGAAUAUAUGGAUGAAUGAAUGGGUCGGUGAAUGAAUGGGUGGAUGAGUAUAUGGAUGAAUGGGUGGAUGGUGAAUGAAUUGGUCCAUGGGUAUAUGGAAUGAUGAAUGGGUGGAUGAGUAUAUGUAUGAAUGAAUGAAUGAAUGGGCAGAUGGAUGGAUGGAUGAAUGAAUCGAUGGAUGAGUAUAUGGAUUAAUGAAUGGGUGGAUGGGUAAAUGAAUGAAUGGGUGGAUGGAUAUAUGAAUGAAUGGAUGGAUGAAUGAGUGAAUUGGUCCAUGGUUAUAUGGAUGAAUGAAUGUAUGGAUGAAUGGGUCGGUGGAUGCAUGGAUGGAUGAAUUGGUGGAAGGGUAUAUGAAUGAAUGAAUGAAUGAAUGAAUGAAUGAAUGAAUUGGUGGAAGGGUAUAUGAAUGAAUUAAUGAAUGAAUUGGUGGAAGGGUAUAUGAAUGAAUUAAUGAAUUCAUGGGUAUAUGAAUGGAUGCAUGGAUUAAUGAAUGGGUGGAUGGAUGAAUGAAUUGGUCCAUGGUUAUAUGGAUGGAUGAAUGGGUCAGUGGAUGCAUGGGUGGAUGAAUUGGUGGAAGGGUAUAUGAAUUGAUGAAUGGAUGGAUGGAUGGGUAUAUGAAUGAAUGAAUUAAUUGGUGUUAGGGUAUAUGAAUUGAUGGAUGGAGUUUCCAGAUGUGAUGCCAACAUGUGUUUGUCUUCCACGGUCAUCGUCCUCGUCGUUUCACACAAACUAUGGUCGGAUCUUCUGCUCGUGUUAUUUAAACAUUUUGGUACGAAAGUCUUUAAAACAAUUUGCCAGAUGUAAAUAUCCUUUUUUUUCUUUUUCAUUUUGUACUCGCAUGUUUCUGAUCUGACUAUUCGGCUGUGCUCCCAAUAAAACCCACUGCCACACACGA